AUGUUAUAUACAUUAGAAUCGACAUCUCAAGAAUCUUCUUUUUACUUUAUCCUAAAUAAGACUCUUCGAUCACAAGAUCGAAAAGAACUAUUACCUUGGUUUCUCUAUCUUCGUCUUUUAAUUUUUGCUCUUUCAAAACUUCCAUCAACGAAACAUCGAAUCAUUUAUCGUGGAAUUAAAAUGAAUCUUAGUGAUGAAUAUCAAAAAGACAAAAUAUUUGUUUGGUGGGCAUUUUCAUCUUCUACAUCAUCCAUGGAAGUUUUAGAACGAUUUCUUGGUCAGAACGGAUCUCGAACUAUAUUUAAUAUCGAAUGUGAUUCAGCUAAAGAUAUUUCUCGACAUUCAAUGUAUCAAAAUGAAAAUGAAAUCUUGAUGUAUCCAGCAAGACAAUUUCAAGUUGUUUCAUCAUUUAAUUCAGGAAAUCAGUUGAAAAUUAUUCAUAUCAAAGAAAUUCAACCACCUUUUCCUCUUAUUCAUAUUCCAUCAACAUCUUCAACUAUUAUUAAUCCAAUCGAAAAUAUUCAACCAUCUUUUUUACGUAUUCAGAUUUCAUCAUCAUUAUUUCACAAAUAA